AUGGCGUCCUCGUCUGCUCUCCGUUCCAGCGCCUCUGUCGUAGUCGCCAUGGUCGUGGCAGUGGUGCUGCUCGCCGCCAUGGGAGCCGAGGCCGAGACGAGGAAGUACCAGUUCGAUGUGCAAAUGACGAGCGUGACGCGGCUGUGCGGCACCAAGAGCAUCGUGACGGUGAACGGGCAGUACCCGGGUCCGACGCUGUUGGCGCGGGAGGGCGACCACGUGGAGGUCAACGUGGUCAACCGCUCCCCCUACAACAUCAGCAUCCACUGGCACGGCGUGCGGCAGCUGCUGAGCGGGUGGGCCGACGGGCCCUCGUACAUCACGCAGUGCCCGAUCCAGCCCGGGCAGAGCUACGUGUACCGGUUCCAGGUCGUCGGCCAGCGCGGCACGCUGUGGUGGCACGCGCACAUCUCCUGGCUCCGCGCCACCGUCUACGGGCCCAUCGUCAUCCUGCCCCCCGCCGGCGUGCCGUACCCUUUCCCGGCGCCGGACGAGGAGGUCCCCGUCAUGUUCGGCGAGUGGUGGAGGAACGACACGGAGGCGGUGAUCGCGCAGGCGCUGCAGACCGGCGGCGGACCCAACGUCUCCGACGCGUACACCAUUAACGGCCUCACGGGACCUCUCUACAACUGCUCCGCUCAAGAUACGUUCAAGCUGAACGUGAAGCCCGGCAAGACGUACAUGCUCCGGCUCAUCAACGCCGCACUCAACGACGAGCUCUUCUUCUCCAUCGCCAACCACACGCUCACCGUCGUCGACGUCGACGCGCUCUACGUCAAGCCCUUCACCGUGGACACCCUCGUCAUCGCGCCGGGGCAGACCAGCAACGUCCUGCUCGCCACCAAGCCGACGUACCCCGGCGCGAGCUACUCAAUGGAGGCGCGGCCGUACACCAACACGCAGGGCACGUUCGACAACACCACCGUCGCCGGCGUCCUCGAGUACGAGGACCCUUCUUCGUCCCCCUCCGCCGUCUCUUCUUCGUCUCCAUCCCAGAACAACAACAACAACAACAACAACAGCCUCCCGGUCUUCGCGCCGAGCCUGCCACAGAUCAACGACACCAGCUUCGUGGCCAACUACACCGCGAAGCUCCGCAGCCUGGCGAGCGCGGAGUACCCGGCCGCCGUGCCGCAGGAUAUCGACCGGCGGUUCUUCUUCACCGUGGGGCUCGGCACGCACCCGUGCGCCGCCGCCAACGGGACCAGCUGCCAGGGCCCCAACGGGUCCCGGUUCGCGGCGUCCAUCAACAACGUCUCGUUCGUGCUGCCCGCGACGGCGCUGCUGCAGGCGCACUUCGCCGGCAGGUCCAACGGCGUCUACGCCACCGACUUCCCGGCGUUCCCGCUGACGUCGUUCAACUACACCGGCACGCCGCCGCCCAACAACACCAACGUGAUGAACGGGACGAAGGUGGCCGUGCUGCCGUUCGGCGCCAGCGUGGAGCUGGUGCUGCAGGACACCAGCAUCCUCGGCGCGGAGAGCCACCCGCUGCACCUGCACGGCUUCAACUUCUUCGUCGUCGGCCAGGGGUUCGGCAACUUUGACCCGGCCAACGACCCGGCCAAGUUCAACCUCGUCGACCCCGUGGAGCGCAACACCGUCGGCGUGCCCGCCGGCGGCUGGGUCGCCAUCCGCUUCCGUGCGGACAACCCAGGUUUAAUUAUUUGCACUGGAAUAAUCCUAGCAUUAUUUCCGAGGCCCCAAGUCCUAACUCGAACGCACUACUGGCGUACGUGCAGGUGUGUGGUUCAUGCAUUGUCACCUGGAGGUGCACAUGAGCUGGGGCCUGAAAAUGGCAUGGUUGGUGCUGGACGGGAGCCUGCCGAACCAGAAGCUGCCGCCUCCGCCAUUGGAUCUGCCUCAGUGCUAGGCCAAUGUUGA